CCCGUGUCUGCUAAAUAAUCUCUGCUUUGAUUGGUGUUUACCCGUUUCCGGUGGGCAGACGUUCAAGCGCGUGUGCAGAAUAAAUAGAGUAGCUGUGCCUGAAUGUCGGAAUAACGGAAUAACACACACACACACCGAGUCGCGUUUUACAGGCUCGGUCAAAGGUCAGAUCUAGCGUUUACCAUGGCAUCAGGCAGUGCGAGCAGUGAGGAGGAGAUGAGUCUGAGAGAAUGUGAGUUAUAUGUGCAGAAACACAACAUCCAGCAGCUGCUGAAGGACUGCAUCGUCCAGCUGUGCACCUCACGGCCCGACAGACCCAUGGCCUUCCUCAGAGAAUACUUUGAGAGACUUGAAAAGGAGGAAGCUAAACUCCUGAACCAGCAGAAAGGCAGCUCUCGCUCAGACUCUCGUGAAGAUGAGGUGUCUCCUCCCAUGAAUCCUGUGGUGAAGGGUCGCAGGCGGAGAGGGGCCAUCAGUGCUGAGGUCUACACUGAGGAAGAUGCCGCCUCCUACGUAAGGAAGGUUAUCCCGAAAGACUACAAAACCAUGGCUGCACUUGCCAAAGCUAUUGAAAAGAAUGUGCUCUUCUCACAUUUGGAUGACAAUGAGAGAAGCGACAUAUUUGAUGCAAUGUUCCCAGUCACCUACAUUGCAGGAGAGAUUGUCAUCCAACAAGGCGAUGAGGGCGAUAACUUCUAUGUCAUCGACCAUGGCGAAAUGGAUGUCCAGUGGUGUUUAAUAUCUUCACAGGUGUAUGUUAACAGUGAGUGUGUGACCAGCAUUGGAGAGGGGGGCAGCUUUGGAGAGCUGGCUCUAAUCUACGGCACCCCCAGAGCUGCCACUGUCAGAGCCAAAACCAACGUCAAGCUCUGGGGCAUUGACAGAGACAGCUACAGGAGAAUUCUAAUGGGAAGCACUUUGAGGAAGAGGAAGAUGUAUGAGGAGUUCCUGAGCAAAGUAUCUAUUCUAGAGUCCCUGGAUAAGUGGGAGCGUUUGACUGUGGCUGAUGCACUGGAGCCGGUGCAGUUUGAGGACAGUCAGAAAAUCGUGGUGCAAGGAGAACCAGGGGACGAGUUCUUCAUCAUCCUGGAGGGAUGUGCAGCUGUUCUGCAGCGUAGGUCAGAGAAUGAGGAGUUUGUAGAGGUCGGCCGGUUAGGACCAUCAGAUUACUUUGGUGAAAUUGCUCUGCUGAUGAACCGACCCCGUGCAGCCACUGUGGUGGCCCGCGGCCCUCUGAAGUGCGUCAAGUUGGACAGGCCGCGUUUCGAGCGGGUGCUGGGACCGUGCUCAGACAUCCUCAAACGCAACAUCCAGCAGUACAACAGCUUCGUCUCGCUCUCCGUCUGAAACUCCCCACCCCUCAAAACCUUCACCGCAGGGUCCACCGACACCAAUUAGCUCUUCAUCUCCUCGUUGUUUUAAGUGUUUACGCAGGAGUGUCAAACUCAGUUCCUGGAGGGCCGCAUCCCUGCAGAGUUUAGUUCCAGCCUUGCUCCAAAAUGCCUCCUUGUAAUCUUCAAGCACUCCUGAAGACCUUGAUUAGCUGCUUCAGGUGUGUUUAAUUAGGGUUGGUGCUAAACUCUGCUGGACUGUGGCCCUCCAGGAACCGAGUUUGACACCCCUGGAACUUUACAGGCUCAUUACAUUCACAUGCUUCAUUAAGUGCUUCCCAUGUGACUGUGACAUCAGUCUAAAGCUUUAACAGCCGGUUUCAUUGUCAGACAUUUAGAGGCACAUGAAAGGACAAUCAAAUGUACUUUCCUCCAAUCAAAUCCCAGCCUUUAUUCUAGAGUGUUUUUAUCUAACUCCAAGCAGUAAAUAAAAAAACAAUAGAGUAAAAAAUAUAUUUAUAAUAGAGUUAUUCUAAAACAGGAAACAUGUUUUAAAUUCCUUUACCCUCACAGUGCUCAAGUUAGUUUUUUAAAGACUAGUUUUAUAAAAAGACGAACUGCCUACAUAUGUAUAAAAAGAGUAAGCUAGAAGAGUGAUUCUGCUCAUUCAAGCCUUACUGCCUAAUUUCCCCUUUGCUAACCUAAUUAAAGUUAUACAGAAAAAACGGUCACAACUUAAGAAGUAUAGUAACUAUAUGCUGUUUUAUUGUCAUCUUUGUUAUCAUCAUUCCAGCACACGCUCUUGCUUUUUGUGUUCAGUUGCAUAUAUCGGUUGUCAGGCCAUUGCCACGCAGUAUCUAUAUAUUUAGGUUUUAAUGUAGGCGAAGCUGGCUCAUCGAUUUUUAACGCCAGUGCCAAACGUUGCACAGAGCCUCACGACUUGACUUGAAUUUAACUUCUAACAGUGAACAGUGCAGCAUAGCUGACACACUGACGAUAUUUGAUUUGUUUAUUACAAUUGCAUGUGCGAUCUCUGAUAAUGAAUCAUUUUCAAUCCGAAUGUUUCAGUAUUUAACUAUAUGUCAUUAUAUGCUGAGAAAUACCUUUUUACUUUUAAUAAGCUUAUUUUUCCACAAAUUAUACGUUGAGGUGCACAGUGGCAUAUUUAGACACAUGUCGUAUUUUCAUAUUAACAUGUUGUUUUCUUGUAAGUGUUUCUAUGACUAUUUUUGAAGAGGCUUGGAGCGGUUUUAAUGCUUAAAUAAAACAAGACUGAAACUAUUCAAAAAUUAGGUUUUAAUGUAAAUACAGAGGUCUUGGGUUUCUUAAGGUACUGUUUGAAAAUAAUGGGCCUCAUUCAUGUUUUAUUCAGUUGAAUGCGACAAAGUACAGUGCGUUAGAAUGGCUUUAUGAUUAACUAUUUGCACUGAAAUGAGUUCGGUCUGUGUUUUCUGAAUGAGGCCCGAAGUCUUUUGAAACUCUGUACAAAUAGGUUUUCGAGUCGAAAAGAACAUGGACAGUAUGAUGUUUACGUUCCCAGUUUUUUCUGUAGACAAUCCUGAGUGAUUUCUAAGUAAUCACUGAUUCUCUUUAUUUACAGAAUGUUCUGCAUUUUAGUUAUUGAUACAUUUAAAGAUUAAAAUGUAACAAAGAUUUUGUUUAAGCAUUUUUAACUCUCUUGCUGCUCUUCAUAACAUUUUUCAACUUGAUCAUUUUCAUUUCCCCUUAAACAAUUGGCCCAGACUUUCUCAAACACCCAUCUUCAUGGCAGUGAUGCUUGUUGUAUUUUAUAUCCGUGUGAAUGGACAGACUGGUGAAUGAGUGUGUAUGUUAAACAGAUGAAUAGAGCUUGCCUUAGCUUCUGUUAUCAAGGGUUGGAUGUUCCUUCUAACCCAUAUGUAUCUGCUAGUUCUGUGACCUGCAGUCUUAUGAGCUGCUGAUAUGUUGCGGACCACUGAUGUUUUUUUGUUCAAUGUUAUCCAAAUGUGUAGUUUCUGCGCAGAUAAUAAUCCUUUUGGUAUAGAUCAUUCCAAAUGGCAGUUUAAGCAAUAAAAAGGUUGUAUUGUUGAACCAUCAA